AUGGAGGUCAAGGAGGGGAGCGUCGUUGGAAAGCGUGAUCUGCUUAAGUUUGCCGCUGUUGCGUUGAACAUAUCCCAGCACGAAGACGCGGUCAAUAAGAUGGCAGAUACGAACAGAAAAUUGGAGAUACUCCUGGCAGGCAACCUCCGUGACGAAACCCUCCGGAAACGAACUUCUGGAGGCAAGCUAUCCGGUCUCUUGCAAACUGUGACUCGGAGCAUAUACAACGCUCUGCGACUAAGUCUACCUUGUAGCUCCUUUGCGAACGAGCCGCGGCGUUUUAGGGACCAGAGUCACAGCAGUACCUGGGCCUGGGAGGAGGUACUUCUGCAGAUGUUGGAAUGGCCACGGGAGACUAAGAGGGAGCAGCCUGUCCAUGUCCGUCCAACCCGAAAGGCCGGUAACCAGGGGAACGGGGAGCGGAUUCGGCCCAAAGACGAUUUAGCAGGAUUUCCUCAGCUUCCCAAUCUUUGCGAAUCCUUCAGCAGGAAACCGCCGAGUGCAAUUUGCGGCUACAUUUCGGACGGCUCUGCCAACGCCUCGCCCAAGUUCGGAGUCUACUACCCAAAAUCCCCGGAUAACAGCGACACUUGCCUGACCGUGUCACUUGGCAGUCUACUUGACCAGAGCCCUAGACCCCCGCCUCUAUCUUGGAGACACCGUAUAGCAGCCGUCGUGGCGGCCAGCCUGCUUCAUUUACACGGCACGCCUUGGAUACCCCCCAAGCUCGCUUCUAAAGAUGUAUACUUUAUCCGACGGCAUGGGAAAGUGGAAUACGACCAGGUUUUUGUGACCACGAAACUCGCGGAUAACAGCUCAGCUGUUAACGAUGGCGGCUGGGACGAUUCGGCCAGCUACGACGGUAACCCGUCUCUGCACGUCUUGGGCGUGUUACUGAUGAAGGUCAUGCUGUGGAAGUCAAUCUACGACUUCUGGGAUGAUGUCAAGUCCAAAUACUCCCACACACCGGCCCAUGUGUUUCUCAACAUACGGUCAGAUGACGGCUUCAGGCGCACCUCGAGUGUCCUGGAGCGUAUUGGAUUCUCCGGCGUCCAGGCUUACAGAGACGCUGUUGAGAACUCAUCCCUCGACGAAGAGGGGUUCCGCGAUGCUGUCUAUUACUAUGUGUCGCGCCGCUGCAGGAUGCCGCCCGGAUCACAACGGUUCCGAUGA